AUGGGUUCUCGCUGGUUUCUUCUUGGAAUGCUGCUUGUUGCUUGUGUGCUGAGUACCGGGACAAUGCCGGUUGCAGCUCGUCGCCUUCUAGAGGCUUCCUUGCCAGAGUAUCCCAAGGCAGAGCUGCCGAAGCCGGAAGUGCCUGGACUUCCAAAGCCUACUUUGCCUGAGAUUCCUAAACCCACAGUGCCCGAACUCCCUAAGCCCACAUUGCCUGAACUUCCAAAACCCACCUUACCAGAGCUCCCUAAACCCACUGCGCAUGAAGUACCCAAACCAACACUACCAGAAAUACCGAAGCCCAAAUUAGAUGAGGUGCCCAAGCCUAUUGAGCACGAAUUGCCAAAGCCUACAUUGCCAGAGUUGCCUAAACCUACUGUACCUGAAAUGCCUAUGCCCGUGUUGCCUGAGGUGCCAAAACCAACCUUACCAGAGCUCCCUAAACCUUCGGUGCAUGAAAUACCCAAACCAACACUUCCAGAAAUACCGAAGCCCAAAUCGGAUGAGAUGCCCAAGCCUACAAUUCCAGAGUUGCCUAAACCUAGUGUACCUGAAAUGCCAAAGCCCAUAUUGCCUGAAGUGCCCAAACCAACCUUGCCAGAGGUCCCUGAACCCACUGUGCAUGAAGUACCCAAGCCUACAUUGCCACAGAUGCCGCAGCCCCAUUUGGAUGAGCUGCCCAAGCCAAUACAACCAGAACUACCAAAGCCAAAAUCUGAUGAGGUGCCCAAGCCUACCGAGCAUGAAUUACCCAAGCCUACUGAGCACGAAUUGCCCAAGCCUACUGAGCACGAAUUUCCCAAGCCUACUGAGCACGAAUCGCCCAAGCCUACUGAGCACGAAUUGCCUAAACCUACUGUACCUGAAAUGCCAAAGCCCAUAUUGCCUGAGGUGCCAAAACCAACCAUACCAGAGCUCCCUAAACCAACUGUGGGUGAAGUACCCAAACCUACAUUGCCACAAAUCCCGAAGCCCCAUUUGGAUGAGCAUCCUGAACUUCCCAAGCCUACAUUGCCCGAGCUGCCAAAGCCUACAAUGCCCGAGUUACCGAAACCCACAGUGCCUGAGCUCCCCAAUCCUUCUCUACCUGAAAUGCCCAAACCCACUGUACCUGAGUUACCCAAGCCAACAAUUCCUCAACACCCUAAGUCUGCUAUCCCGGACAAGCCUUGA